GAUGAGCUUUGAGUUGGUCAGGAAGGCUGACCUUUAUUCACAAGGGCAGGGGUUAGGUACAUUGUUAAUAUCACGCGUUUUACAGCGAGUUGAGUGAACAUUGCACUUUAACCUGAGUAUUUGACAGCAGCCGAGCCAGUCACGGAAGAGCCAGUGUCCGUGCUCUGACAGAAGCAGCUCCUCAGUACGUGAGGGGAGCAGGGAGCCGGCACAAGGACAAAUGGUUCAUGUUGCUCCCCCAGCCAUGGUUUCUCAGCGCUGCCUGCUCGCUGCUAAGAAUGGGGACCUGGAGACUCUGAAGAGCCUGGAAGCCAGUGGCGAGCUGACCGAGAGCAUCGAGGAUCAGCUGGGGGCUAGCCCGGUCCAUCACGCUGCCAGGGCGGGCAGGUUGGACUGUCUGAAGUUCCUGGUCACCCAGGCGAAGCUGCCGGCGAACAAGCGAGCGAAAAACGGAGCGACUCCCUGCCACGAUGCCGCGGCCACCGGGAACAUCGAGGCGCUGCAGUGGCUGACCCGGGUCGCUGGCUGUGACAUUAAUGCCCGCGAUGACUACGGCGCGUCUACCCUCCACCUGGCAGCUCGGUUUGGCCGACCAGACACAGUCCAGUGGUUGCUACAGGAGGGCUGUGACGCCACGAUGGAGACGGACAAUGGUGCAGUGCCAGCGCACUACGCAGCAGCAAAGGGAGACUCAUCAUGUUUGAAACUCCUCGUCGCCCACUCCCCAAGGGCUCUGAAUAAACAGACUCAGAAUGGUGCCACCCCUCUCUACCUGGCCUGUCAGGCAGGCCACCUUCACAUCGUUGAGUACCUGGUGAAGGAGUGCAAAGCCAACUUGGACCUCCGGGCCCAUGACGGUAUGACAGCUCUCCAUGCAGCUGCCCAGAUGGGGCAUUGUGCACUGGUGGUCUGGCUGAAAUCCUUCACAGAUGCAGAUCUAUCUGCACAGGACAAUGAGGGAGCGACUGCAAUGCACUUUGCUGCCAGCGGAGGGCAUGUUGGGACGUUGGAUCGAUUAAUAAGGAUGGGGGCCAGGAUCCUGAAGGACCAUUGGGGUGGGACACCCCUACAUGAUGCUGCUGAGAAUGGACAACUGGAGUGUUGCCAGAUCCUCAUCAUGAAUCAAGUGGACCCCACCAUUCGAGAUGAUGAUGGCUACACUGCUGCAGAGCUGGCAGAUUACCAGGGGAAUGUGGACUGUGCCAAUUACUUGAAGCAAGUUGAGAUAAAGCCAGUACCAGAUGACCCUCCAGCUUCUGUUCAGAGACACGAAUCGUUCCGGAAAACAAAGAGCAUGGUGAGGCAGCAGAGCGACAGUGACUACUACAGAUCCAUCAACGAGGGCCGCAGGGAGUCACGUGACUUUCAGAAAGGAAUGGAGAAUGGCAAGAAUACAAUUCUGGUGAAACCCACUCAAAUAUCUCCACAGCAGCUGCCAGCAGCCCCACCACUAUCACCCCUUAAACCAGCAGCCCCUGAGUUACCAAGGCAGAACCAUCCAAGUGGUAGGAAGUCAUUCGACACAGGAUAUCUCAACGAAAACAAUUAUGCAGCCCUCAUUGCGGAGCUCAAGUCAGGCAAGACACUAAAGUCUACAGGUUUUGGUGGGACUGUGGCUCAGACAAGCCAAAGUCAAACAUCCGAAGAGCAGUCAAAAGAGAACAAUAUAGCGUCACUCCCUGUGGAUGAGGUCACCACUACCGAUGUUGAUUUGCUGGUGCCCACUCAUGAUGAGAGGGGAGAUCCCAUCCCAGAGUGGAAACGUCAAGUGAUGGUGCGAAAACUACAGGCACGACUCAAGGAUGAAGAAAGGCAACGGAAGAUGCAAAAAGAAGAAACACUGCUCUUCAAUGGUCUGCCUCCAUGGAGACAAGAAAUGAUGAUGCAGAAAAUGAACAGAGAGAAGAAGAAGCAAAGGUUAGAGGAAGAGAAAAGGAAGGAAGCAGAAAACCAAGAGAAGCUUCAACAGGCUGCCAUCUUAAAGCAGCUCGGAUAUGAUGAAAAUCAACUGCUACCAUGGCAACGGCGUGCCAUUCUCAUCAACCACAAUGGAAUAAAAUUCUAG